GUAAUGGUAAUUGGGGAGKAUGGUCUUCAUGGAGUCGAUGCAGUGUAAUAUGUGGUACAGGAACUCGUACAAGAACACGCCUGUGUGAUAACCCUCCACCUAGAUUUAAAGGUAAACCGUGUCCAGGAAGCAGCCAAAGCUCUGAAGAAUGUAGAAGUUGUGGGUUAGGUUCCRACGAUUGUGAGUCUGUCGACGCUGACGCACGAUGCAGUGAUGUGUGCAGGCUGCCUAACCACAGGUAGCCCAACCUGGCUGCCUGUGUUAGUUGGUAUUGUCAUAAACAAGACUCGAAACGUUUUAAUCUUAAAUUAAAUAAAACGCACUAA